CGGCAAAAAAGAAAAAUGUCGGCAGUUGGCAGCCGCCGUUUCUAGCCGAGUGUCGAGAGCGGAGCUGGCCCUGGUAGUAGAAAUCGCGGUGCAUCCUAGCACGCGAAUAACGCGAAUGCCGGUGGACGCGAGUCGCGAUCCUGUACCCGGCUGUAUAUACGUGUGAAUAGUGUAUUUAAGGCUAGUUUUACAAAGUGAGUAUAUUAUAAUAGUUAACCCCCCACAGAAUCGUGAGUCCGUCGUCUCUUGGUGAGCAGUGAGGGCCUGCACAUAAGAGGGGCGUCCGUGCUCGGUCGGCUAAAAGAAAAGAAAAGAAAGGAAGGAAAGAACAAAAAAGGGGGAAAAAACGUGAAGACUGGGAAAAUUAAUUGGAGAGACCGAGAGUAACUCGGAUAAUCGGUAACUCGAGUUCGAUUCUUUUUACCGUAGAACGUAAGGGACGUCCAGGAGGUAAAGAAAGGAAGAUCAGUAUACGGCAGGAGCAACAAGAGGAACGGUUAAUCAGGAAGGAAAGGAGAGAGAGGCUAUACUCGAAGAAGGGAGAGAGAGUUCUGCACUUGUUCCUAGUACUUCUUUUACUCGACCAUAGCUUCUGGAGUCUGUGAAAUUCAUUUGGUUUACUCGGAGCCAGGGUGUGCGAGACUCGUUUUUUUUUUGUCAUUGUUACAACUGAAAAGUAAGGUUAUAAAGAGGAGUGUGUGUAUGUACACGCUUUAUACAGUGUACUCGGCAUCCGGGCUCUGCCUUUGUGUUCUUACGAGUGUUGUCAAAAAUCCGGAGGCGGCGGCGCGCCGGGUAUCCUCCUGCCAUUGCUCUGCUGCCGAGUGGCGCUCUCUUUCUUAAGUCUCAACUGACUGGUCGGGUUUGCAUUGCCGAGGAAAGCGAGAUGUCAUGCUAGCCAAGCGAGGAACAUGAUCUCUACGUAGGCCGUUGUGUGGCAUCAUCCGGACGCCGUCAGCGAGAGGUGACAGCAUCCUUAGUGAGGAUAUACCUUCUAUUCUGCGAAGCGGUGUGCUUGACAGGAACAUGAAGUGGCUCGGUGCGGGAAGCGGCGCCGGCGGUGGGGGCGAGCCGGCACCCCCCAUACAGCUGCACCAUCCCUCUGCCAACGGUCACAUACCCACUGAGGCUGAUCAGUGUGCUCAAGUUAUGGCUGGUGGCGAUGGAAUACGUAUUCAACCUGGACAAACUCAUCAAAUGGGACUCGGUAGGACUCAAGACGAUGCUAUGGUUAGCUAUGUUUUUCAGCGACCAACUGAACCUGAAUUUAAUGCGCAACCCUCCAGUUUUCAAACAAAACAACCGCCCAGACCCUGGGCCUUAGCAGAUGAUGCUAUUAUCGAUAAUAACCACGACAAAUGGAAGUAUCCAAUGACUAAGCUGGGAGUGCCGCAGCAGAGCCAACCACAACAGCUUGGCCUUCAAGCAAUGAACAAUGUUCACUUGCCCUAUGAGAUACACCCCAUGCAACUUAAGAGCGGAGCACCAACUGCAGAGCAUCUCGUGUACCUAAACAAUCAGAUGACAGCUCAGCAACAGGUGGCCCUCUUUCAUCAUCAACAGCAGCAACAGCAGCAGCAGCAGCAGCAACAACAACAACAGCAGCAGCAGCAACAAUUCAGAAACGGCCACAUCGCACCCUCGGCAAAAAAGCUAUGGGGCGUCGACGAGGGCGGCUCGAAGGACGAAGGGGGUGUAAAAGGCGGUGGGAUACUACACCUGGGAGACCACCAGAUGUGGCGCGAUUCUACCUGGAGUACCUCAGAUCAUGCUGUUUCACAACCGAUCUCGAUGGGUACUGGAAGACGUAUUGGGGUUGGUACUGGGUACCAUCAUCAGACCUCAGAGGGUGCAGUUCUCAGCCCCAGAAGCAGCGAGACUGGCGGUCUUGGUGUUAAAAUGGUGGAAUACGUUCUUGGGUCGAGUCCUACCACCCCAAAGGACCUGGAGCCUCGAAUUGUCUCGCUGAGAUUGAACUCGGAUGCUGAUAAAAAGGAGAAGGAAAAGGGUUCCGCGAGUCCAUUCGACGGUUCCAAGGACGAUAACGGUCCUCAGGGUAACGGAUUGGCCUCCCAAAACGGUCUUGACGACGACAAAGGAUUCAAUCGCACUCCAGGAAGCCGACAGCCGUCUCCGGGCGAGGAGGAGUUCCAGAAGAACGCGGCAGCCACCCUGGCGGUCAGCGCCGGAGGUGGUGUCGUCCUUCUGAAGCAAGGAGUGGACGUGGUUGGUAGCGAGGAGCAUCAUUUCAUCUCGGCGUUCGCAUCGGCGCCGCCGCAUCAUCUUCAGCAUCAUCAGGCGCCGCCGACCCAUCAUCUUCAGCAUCCCCAUUCGCACGCGGCCCAGUUGUUCGGCGCUCAAGGUCCGCCGCCACCUCAGGGUCCGCCACCGUCUCAACAACAGCAACAGCAGCAGGGACCACCUCAGCCCCAGGACACGACGACCCACUUUGACGUCCAGCAACUGUUUCGCAGUCAGCCACAAGGUGCGACGCCGCAGCAACUUCAGCUGCUACAGCAGCAGCAGCAGCAACAGCAGCAACAGUAUCUGGCAGCCUCUCAGGCCCAACAGCAACAGCAACAACAGCAGAACUUUCCCACUGCGCCCUACACCGUUAUCAGCGGACAGGAACCAUACGUGGGUGCUCUGAUAACCGGAGCGCCACCGGUCGUUCCUCAGUACUAUGGGGUCGGUCCUUGGGUAUAUCCGGCCGGGCUGCUGCCUCAGGCACCGCCACAGGCUGCAGCACCGCCACCUCCUAGGAGACCCCUGACACCGUCUUCGGCUGCAGCCGCAGCUGCCGCUGCUCAGGACACUGCUAAUAACUUGGCACAGACUGUUCAGGGUCAGUACCAGGUCAUACCAGCAUACUACGAUCAAAAUGGUUCAAUAGUGAUGGGUGGUGUACGUGGGUUGGGAUCAGCAGCGACCCCAAUGAGGUUGGUGAGUCCAGCACCUGUUCUGGUGAAUAGGGCACCUUCGCAACCACCCCCAGGACCACCGGCACCUCCACCACCCAGUCUCUACUCACAACCAACCCCAACGUCUCACAGUAACGCCACACCUGGCGAAUGUCUAGGUCUUGGCUUGGGCGCUUCAUCCACUGGGAGAAGAGACUCUUUCGACAGGAACACCUCAGCCUUCAGUCCCAGCUUAGAAUACAGCAGGGCCAAGUGGCCGCAGAGCUACGGAGCUCUAGGUACAGUGACAGCUUCUCCCAGUCCUCUGGGACUCUCCUUGACACCUCCGCCGACUCUUGGCGGUUCACUGGGCGGUCUGGUUGGCGGUGCAAACCGUGUAUCAGCUGCACCUGGGGCAGAAGCAAAGUUCAGGGCGAGCGCCGUACCGCCACUGACAGCUAAUGGAGUCUUUGGUUCAAGUACUUCCUUGUUCCCGAAUCUGGUGGGUAAACCUGCACGCGGAGGAGCUGCUGGCGGAGUCGGUGACAAGGGUGCAGGAGGAAGAUCACGUCUACUGGAAGACUUUAGAAACAAUCGAUUCCCCAGUCUUCAACUACGUGAUCUUGCCAAUCACAUCGUCGAGUUCAGCCAGGAUCAACAUGGCUCCCGAUUCAUUCAGCAGAAACUAGAGCGUGCCUCGACCAGCGAGAAACAAUUGGUCUUUCAAGAAAUACUUGCUUCGGCUUACAAUCUCAUGACAGACGUGUUUGGAAAUUACGUUAUACAGAAAUUCUUCGAGUUUGGUACACCUGAGCAGAAAUCUACCUUGGCCCAAAAGGUUCGCGGACACGUUCUUCCACUAGCCCUGCAGAUGUACGGCUGCCGGGUAAUCCAGAAGGCCCUGGAAUCUAUCGGGCCGGAACAGCAGCAGGAGAUCGUGAGGGAGCUCGAUGGACACGUGCUGAAGUGUGUCAAGGAUCAGAAUGGCAACCACGUGGUUCAGAAAUGUAUUGAAUGCGUAGAGCCUAGAGCGUUACAAUUCGUCAUCGGUGCAUUCGCCGGUCAGGUAUAUUCCCUGAGUACCCAUCCUUACGGGUGUCGAGUAAUCCAGCGUAUACUGGAACAUUGCACCCCAGAGCAGACUCAGGGAAUAUUACAGGAACUUCAUACAGCGACGGAUCAGCUUAUUCAGGAUCAAUAUGGCAACUACGUAAUUCAGCACGUACUUGAGCACGGUAAACCCGAGGACAAGGCUCAGUUGAUCAGCAGUGUCAGAGGCAAGGUGCUUGCCCUUUCGCAGCACAAGUUUGCAAGCAACGUGGUGGAGAAAUGCGUGACGCACGCUACGAGGCAGGAACGAGCCGUCCUGAUCGAGGAAGUUUGCGGCUUCAAUGACAACGCACUGAACGUCAUGAUGAAGGAUCAGUACGCCAACUACGUGGUGCAGAAGAUGAUAGACGUGGCGGAGCCAGCCCAGCGCAAGGUGCUCAUGCACAAGAUACGACCUCACCUGACGAGCCUGCGCAAAUAUACCUACGGCAAGCACAUAAUAGUGAAGCUGGAGAAGUUCUUCAUGAAAACAGCAUCGGCGAUGGGCGUCGCGACGCCAGCUGGGACAUCGAGCGGAGCUGGAGAUCUCGGGCCCAUCGGGCCACCCGCAUCAGCUGCUGGUCCUGUCCCGACACCGGCGCAGCAGCCUACGCAGGUUUUAUAAACACGACACGUUAAUAUGAAAAAAAUACAGUCUCCUCUCACGCCCUGACUACUACACCUUACGUAUAUGUAUAUACGGUAAUUGUUUACGUAUACAUGUGCGGUAAAUAAUUUAUCAAAAAUUAUAUUAUGCAAUCAGACACACACACACACACACACACACACACCACAACGCUACUUUGAAACGUAAAAAAAAAAAUUGAAAUACGCAUUAGGCAACUGGUUCGAAAAACGUAGGAAAUAAAACGGGACUUCGUUGUCGGGAAGCCUCGUUAAUGCCCGGCUCGUCGGUCGAACAAGGAGUUUUGGACCUGGUGGCGAAGCUGAUUAUUCUAUAGAAGCCAUCCGCGAGGAGACGGGGGCGGAAGACAUUGAUAAAAGACGAUGGCAAGAGUCGUGUAAGCAAGAUCAGUUCUUGGACUCUUAGUAUUGUACAGAAUCAGUCCCAAUGGCUUUAUGGGACUUUCCAUGGAAUAAUCAGCUGGUGUCCCCCGGGUGAGUGCGGCGAGCGAGAAGAGUGUAGAGGACGUUUGAAAGAUCAGGGAUGACGUAUUGGCGACGUGACGUCACUGGCGUUUCGAAGUAAACGUCUAGAGAGCUAGGGAUAGAUCUUGUAGCGCUGCAUGCAUUUACCGUUUGUUAACGUUACUGCGAUAGGGUUAGACGUUAUCGGUUAUAAUCUUGAAAGUAUGCCAAGCGAAUGGGGGAGAAAAGAUUAAAAUGCCGGAAUAGGCAGAGGCCCCUCAGACGAAAUUUAUGCAACGCUCAUCGGAUCCGUUUUUUGUGCUUGUUGGUAGGAUAAAUGGACCCGCGGGAUAUUGUUCGUAGUAGUUUAUUAUAUUCAGGGCACGAAUGGCGUUACCGGUCGAGGAUGUUAGGCGCAAAGUAUCGAUAGCAUUAUACGAGGGAAAGAAAUGGGAGCAUAUAUAUAUAUAUAUAUAUACAUUGAUAUAUAUAUAUAUAGAGAGAGAGAGAAGAAAAAAAUAACGUCGUAGGAAAAUGGCGUUGGUAGCCUCGGCCGAUUCUCUUCUACCCGGCCGUGUUUAUCGAACUAAGCGAAAUGGCGAUUUUCUCGAUAGAGUUAACACGAUAAAUAAUCCUGAAUCGUAUUUUUUUUUUUUUUUCUUUUUUCAAGAGUAAACCUAGAGCCUAGUCGUGUAAGGGGGUUUUUGAGGUGGGAGUGAAAUUUUGAAAAUAUUCGUCACACCUACCUCCCUCCUCCUCCCCUUCCCACCAUUAGCCUUUGACACGUGACUGCUGACUUACGCGUCCCCCACCGUGUCAACGUAUGAGACCGUGAGAAACCAAUUUUAACGGACAACAAAUAUUUCCGAUGGUACUUUUUUUUUAUCUCCUUUUCUUCCCUUACUCCUUUUGCCUUUCCGUUGUUAUGAAAAAAAAAAAAAAAAAAAAAAAAAAAUAAAA